ACUUAAAAAAAAACGAAUAAGAAAACAAUCUGAUCGCAUUUCCAUAUAAGUUGUAAUCAUCGUAGAAGACGCAUCUCUUCACCAAGACGUAAUACUCAAAAGAAUGGUUACUUCGUCAAUGUUUCAAUCAGAUUUACGUUCGGCGCUUCAGAUCGCCUCCACAUUCAAACCCAACCUUCUCUUCGUCUCUCGCGGCGUCGCCGCCCUACGCCGCCCACCGCCUCCAGUGCCGACGCUGACGGCGACGGCGAGAUCCUUUUCUACCUCCACCACAGCCGUCGUCGAGAAGGUCUCGAACAAGCCUUCGGUGUGUACGGCCGACGAGCUUCACUACGUCUCCGUGUCCAAUUCCGAUUGGAGGCUCGCUCUCUGGCGCUACACCCCUCCCCCUCAGGCUCCUCCGAGGAAUCAUCCGCUGUUGCUGUUGUCUGGUGUGGGAACUAAUGCCAUUGGAUACGACCUCUCUCCCGGGUCUUCAUUUGCCCGUUACAUGUGUGGUCAAGGAUUUGACACAUGGGUCCUUGAGGUUAGAGGUGCUGGGUUGAGCAUGCAGGGAUCAGAUUUGAAAGAAAUUGAGAAGUCUGCCCAUGCAAUAUCUGAUAUGAUGGAAGCUACUGCUGUGACUGCAACGGAUGGAGUUUUUCCUGCAGAACAGCAGUCAACCAAUAUCUCCAGUGCAAAGGCAGAAUCUGAUAUCUCUGUUGUCAAAGGGGACCCAACAGGGAUGGCAACUGUAUGGGAUGAAUCAAGACUAGUGACAAAGUUGACAGAAACUUUUAUGCGUCUGUCAGAAAGACUCUCUGGCUUUCUCAGUGAAGGACAAUCAAAAAUUAUGUAUGCAAAACUUUUCGAUCAAAUAUCAAGACUCUUGGAGGACUCUUUUCUAUAUGAACGCUUUAACGAGAUAAGAGGAAAACUUUCAAGUUUGUUAGAAGCAAGGCAAACUUCUGCUGUGGCUAGCCAAAUCAGGGAUCUGAGUCAAAAGCUUGUAAAUAUUAUUGAAGAAAGUCAGCGUUCUGUUUCACCUCAGUUGUUUAAUCUACAAGAGCAGUUUUUCACAACAAUUGAAGAUUUCCAGAAGCAACUUGACUUAAUGGUCCAGUAUGAUUGGGACUUUGAUCACUACCUGGAAGAGGACAUUCCUGCCGCGCUGGAAUAUAUAAGGGCAACCAAACCGAAGGAUGGUAAAUUGCUUGCAAUUGGACACUUCCUGCUGCGACACCCACAGAUUGCUGCACACAGUGCAAUCUUAGUGGUGUAUUACCUUAGAGCAGAUAAUUACUUGGUGUGUUUCAAGAUUUGUGUUUCCCUCUCCUCAGAUUCGCGAUUCUGCUAUGAUUCUUCCUUAGAAGCGCAGAAUCGCACUUCUUCCUCAAAGUCAUCACCAUCUGAGACGAUUCCUGUUACUAAGAUAGAAAUUACAAAGAGGAAAAGAAAAGAAAAGAGUGAAUCCCUGUCAAAUGAGAAGCCUUUUGAUGUGGAGGCUUAUGGGGCUUCUAAUAGCACCAAUGUGUUUGAUGUACUUGAAUCAUGCAGGACAGAUCCAGAAAUUCACCUCAAGAAAGGAAGACUUGCAGGUACUAUUCCUGCUAAAUUGAUUUUGCAGCUGACAACUGCUUUUCGAGAAGGUGGGCUCUGUGAUAGAAGUGGUAAAUUUUUCUACAAGGAUCAUCUACAUAAAAGCAAAGUUCCCAUCUUAGCCCUUGCUGGAGAUGAGGACCUAAUUUGCCCACCAGAAGCUGUCUAUGAAACUGUAAAGCUCAUCCCCGAGCACUUAGUUACCUAUGAAGUAUUUGGAGAACCUGAAGGCCCGCAUUACGCUCAUUAUGACUUGGUGGGAGGUAGAUUGGCUGUGGACCAAGUAUAUCCCAGUAUAAUACAUUUUCUAAGCCGUUACGACUGACACGAUUAUCUACAUCGCAUGAGAUUCACUACCACUAAAAUUCAUUAGCCCAUUUCCAAAGCAGCUGUGGAUGGGAGGUUCAGGUUUGCACAUGGAAUUGAGGACUCUUUAUUCAGAGAGAUGAAGUUUGUUGCAUGUAGCUUAGCUUUGUUUAUUUAUGGAUCAAGUUUUCUUGUUUUGCACCAUUUUUUUUUCUUUUUAUUUGUCAAGAAAAAAAUUGUAAAAUUUAAAUUAUUUUGUAUAGACGCUUGAACUACCUUGCUUCGAACCAAAACAAAUCAUUGCCGCAGGAAAUCUAAUGUAAAAGAGAAAAGUGUUCUGUAAAAAAAGAGAAAAAAGACUGAUGUGAAAGAUGACAUGGCGCCCCA